AUGACCACCACAAGCUCCCCUACUCCAGUCACUCCGGCAGAAAACCCCACGUUGCCAUUUUGGAGAACAGACCUGCAUGAAUUGGAUGAGAUUCGCACCACCCCAGAGUUACCAGAAACAAGUGAUAUUGUAAUUAUUGGGGGCGGCUACGCUGGAGUGAGUGUGGCAUAUCAUUUAGUUAACUCACAGCCUCAAAAUACCCCUGCGCCCUCUAUCACUAUUCUCGAGGCGCGUCAGAUUUGUUCUGGGGCAACGGGUCGCAAUGGUGGGCAUUUACGUCCCGAUGUUUAUCAUGCCACUUUCCAGUGCAUGGAACAACAUGGGAUCGAGGCUGCCACUGAACUGGCAAAGUUUGAAGUUUCACAUAUUCCGGCAGUACGAGAUGUCAUUGCCAAGGAAUCCAUCGACUGCGAUUUUCACCUCUCUCGAUGCAUGAAUGUGUAUCUCAGCGACGAAAAUGCCGAGAAAGCAAAGGAGAUUUAUGAUGCUCUGCACGCAAACGGUUUUCCCUAUGCCGAUAACCUCCAGUAUACGCCCCAGACGGAGGCAGAAAAGGUAUCCGGUGUCAAAUAUGCCAAGGCAUGCAUUUCGUUUACUGCAGGGAAAUUGUGGGCAUACAAGCUCGUCCUAGGGCUCCUUGCCAGGAUAAUCAAGGAAGAUUCCGUUAACGUGCAAACCCAUACUCCUGUUAUAUCCGUCGAGGCUGAUGGGGCCGAUCAUCUUGUCCACACCCCACGAGGCACGAUCCGCACAUCCAAAGUGGUUUACACGACCAAUGCGUACACAGCGGGGUUGUUGCCUGAAUAUGCCACAACCAUUGUUCCCUGUCGAGGCAUCUGUUGCCACAUUGCCAUACCCGAGACCGAGACGGCCCCGUAUCUAGAGCACUCCUAUGCCCUAUGGAACAAAGAGGGCAAGUUCGACAGCUACCUGAUUUCGCGGCCAGAUGGCAGUAUCAUCGUCGGUGGGGCUAGCACCACCUUUGCCCAUGCAAAGGAGCAAUGGUACAACAUGACAGAUGAUAGUACUCUGAUUGAGCCAACCAAAAACUACUGGGAUGGCUAUAUGCAACGCACAUUCAAUGGCUGGGAAAAGAGCGAAGCAGCUGUCAAGGAGAUUUGGACUGGCAUCAUGGGAUAUUCAUACGACAUCCAUCCCCAUAUUGGCGAGGUUCCAGACAAGCCGGGCCAAUAUGUUUGCGCGGGAUUCAACGGCCAUGGCAUGCCGGUAGUGUUCCUGUCUGGAAAAGGGAUUGCGGAGAUGAUCCACACUGGCAAGAAAUUCGAGGAGGUGGGCCUGCCACGGGUCUACCGAACCUCGGCAGAGAGAUUGCAAGCUGCGCAAGAAGGACCGGAGGGAGGAAGCAUCUUGGCGUAG